AUGGCGGCUUUCCUGCGUGGCAAGCAGACUGGCAUGCAGAAUGACCUAUCAGCGAGCAUCAGACCCGAAAUCUUCAUGCCCGACGAUCAGGCUCGCUAUGGCAUCAACUCUCAAAUCAGCUGUUACGCAUACGACCCAGUCCAAUCCCUCCUCGCCAUUGGAACCGGUGAAAGCAAGUUUGGCCCUGGCAAGGUCUACAUCUUUGGACAGCGACGUGUGCACAAGAUACUCGAGCCCCCCCGAUCCACAUCAUUCCAGAUCGUUCAAUUCUCAGCCAACCGCCUUGUAACCGUCGAUGCGAAGAACGAGUUGGGAAUAUGGGACCUCGAUACCGGCGAGCGUGUUGCUGCCAUGGUCGUCGCUGGCCAGGUCGUCUCUUUGGUGACAGACCCUAUGCUCGACUGGGCCUUUAUCGGACUGUACAAUGGCGACAUCAUGGCUUUUGAUCUGGAUAGAGGAAAUCUGGCGCGUUCUUUCAGACUGCCCAAUUUCUGGAAGGAAAAGAACCCUGGCACACCCACUGUCAAUCUUAUUACCAUGUCCCUUCAUCCGAGAGAUGUUGGCAAGCUCCUACUGGGGUACACGCAUGGCGCUGUUGUCUAUUCCUUCAAGCAAGCCAAGGCUGUCAAUUACUAUGAGUACGUGGUACCUGCAGGUGCCCCAGGUGGCAAUGGUGUAGCUGUCGAGACAGUCCGGAAGCCACGACUUACACAUGCGCUGUGGCAUCCAUCCGGCACGUUUAUCCUGACAGCCCACGAUGAUGGAAGCUUGGUCUUUUGGGACCCGAAGGCCGAAAAGGUCGUCAUGGCAAGGACUUUGACCGACUUUGACAUUGACCAGCCGUCAUCCGAGACACCUAUGCCGGCUUUGUCUGAGCCCAUCACCAAGAUUGCCUGGUGCUGCAAGGAAAACUGCGAUGACAGUGGUCUGUUAAUCGCUGGCGGACAACGUGUUGAUGCAUCUCCCAAAGGACUCACAUUUGUUGAUUUAGGACAAACACCUGUUUAUGCGACAUCGACAUGGCAAAUACUCGCAAGCUACUGCCGUGGAAAGCGACAGUCUCUUCUCCAACUCCCCUCUGGUGCACAGGCGGUCAACUUCCUUCUCAUUCCACGCUCCUCUCCCCACUUUGGCGGCGCACAAGAUCCAAUCGCCGUCAUCGCACUUCUCUCCUCUGGCGAGCUGAUUACACUGAGUUUCCCUUCAGGCUACCCAAUCAGUCCCACUAACCAGCUUCAUCCUUCUGUUUCUUUUGUUCAUCCCUUCGUAACAAAGGUCAAUGUCUCGUCUUUAGAGCGCCCUCGAUGGUUAUCUAUGUUCGAGAAACGUAACCAGGGCGAGCCACUUCUCAAGGGAGGCGCCGAAGCACCGCGACCACGGAAGAGAUUUGAGGAGAGAACCAUCAUCCAAGCUGCCCAUGCCGAUAGCACUAUCAGGAUCUGGGACUCUGGACAUGCCGACGAUAUUGAGAAUGGAACUCAGCUCCAAGUCGACAUCGCGAGAGCACUCGACCGAUAUGAAGACGUCGAGAUCACCUGCAUGAAUAUGGCCACUAGCACUGGAGAAUUUAUCGUAGGAACACGGACAGGAGAAGCCAUUAUCUACCGGUGGGGUCAGAACCGUUUCUUCGGUAAAGAGCAGGCACUAGAGCUUGACCCAAACCCUAAGGGGCUUACAGAUAUUAGCUCCAGGGCAGAGCCAGGACUGAAGGAAGGCCUGCAGCCUCUCGUUUUGUACGAGAUGAUGAUGGGACCCAUUACCUCUGUGCAGGUUUCCAACGUUGGCUUCGCCGCCGUGGGCUCAGAGCUGGGCUUUCUUACACUGAUAGAUCUCCGAGGACCGUCGAUUAUCUUCCAGGCACCCAUGACAGACUUCGCCAAGCAAGACAAGCGAGCCUCUUUCUUGAAGGGCCAUGGCUCUUCUUCAGAGCCCCCGAAGGAGUGGCCAGUUGUGAUUGAGUUUGGCGUCAUGACUUUAGAUGAAGACAAAUAUUCAAGCAUUUGCUGCUUUGUCGGAACAAAUUUGGGCAAAGUCAUCACCUUCAAACUUCUCCCCGGACAGGAUAACACCUAUUCCGUGCAGCUUGCAGGUGUCGUGGCAUUCGACGGAAAGGUUAUCUCACUCAACCCAAUUGAAGCAGAUACAGGCAAGCCUGCCCUUGCCACCGGCCCAAUCGUGGCAGGCCUUAGAGAGGGGCGACAAGUCAACGGCGUACUCGUUGCAGGCAAGUCUAUCACCCAACAUAAAGUCCGAGUCUUCAAGCCCGCAAAUUCAAAGGGGGCUUCAAAAGAGUUUGAUGACAUUCUCUGCGAUGCCGCAUGUGUGGCAGAACUUGAGUUGCAGGGCGUUGCGGUGGUUGGUCUGUUCGGUGAUCGAACUGCUCGCGCUUUCUCGAUUCCCGGUCUCAAGGAAAUUGGCAAGGCCGAUCUUCCCAUGAUAGAUGUGACAAGAAGCACCAACUCUGUUGUAACACAGACCGGUGAUAUCUUCGCGUGGUCAGGGCCCAGUGAGUUGGCCGUGAUACAUGUCUGGGGAUCAGGCAAGGGAUCGCAGCAAUCCCCAGACACUAUGAUCAACCCCAAGCUUGAGUGCCCACCUCGGCCAACUAUUUCUAAUAUGCAGUGGAUCUCAGGUAGUCAACACAUUACUCCUGCCGAUCUUGACCUUCUCGUCGGCGGGCCAGAUAGGCCGCCUAGCAAGCGGAUGAUGGACGAAGCCGCGGCUGAGCAACGUGCGGCUCGAGCAGGAGAACCAGCUCCCGCCGGGUCAAGCAGCCAGGAGGGAUGGGGUGAUUACCUGACAAGACAGUUGAACGAAAGAACUGAAAAGUUGAAUAUGAUGGGUGACAACAUGGAGAAUCUUCAGAACAAUAGCGCAGGAUGGGCUGAUGACGUGAACAAGUUCCUCAACAAGCAGAAGAAGAACGUUGUGCUGGGUGGAUUGAAGAGCAAAUUCUUCUAA